AUGACCCCGCGCCUUACCAGGACUAUCAUCAGAGCAGCUGGAACCCUUACAACCGGUUUGAGAUGGCCAGGUUCCACCAAGGCCAAGAAAGCCACACACACUUUGAAGAUGAAGAGGAGGAGCCGCAAGCUCGAUCGAUUUGCUCCGAGAUUGUCCCUUGGACCGCUCCAGAUGGUCGCCUGCCUUCACCGCCACAAGACCCUGCUUCCCAGUUCUUUGUCUUUUGGAGCAUUAUGGAGCAUAUGGGACGUGAGGAGCAAGGAGGGACUUGAUGCAUGGACGCAGCUCAACUGGACACACAAAGGAAGGAGGAGGAAGCCACCUUGA